UUGUCAUUUUCGUGGGACGAUGUGAAUAGGAUCUGCAACUGCCAAACAGCAGCAGCAGCAAGCAUCAGCCAGCAGCAGCAGCAAUAAAUGUCACUCACCGCUACUACAUACAAAGCAUCCUUUAGACUCCAAUUCCCAAGUCCCCCUUCUCUUUUCACCUUUCUUCUCUCCGUCUGUCCAUCUCCCUCUUGGUCGCUUUCUCGAUGUCCAUUUUUCCCUCUCUUGAAAGCUUUCUCUUCCAUACCUUCCUCUGCUUUCCUUUUUUGCUUCUGUCCUUUCUCUACCAUAUAAAACUCCAAUUGACAGAAUUCAUCACCUUCCCUCAAUAAAAACCCCCACGUCUUUAUCACCGCCGGUAACAAAGUUCAAACGCAUAGGUCUACUGGUAAUAUUACUACUACCCCGCCCCCACUGCUCUGUUUUCACCACCUUAAUCAAGCCUCUUACUGUUUUUCUUUUCCCAAAACAAAAAUCUUGAGAAUGAAAACGUGCUUUUUUUUUUUUGGGUUGUCUGUUUAUCAGAAACACGAUAUGCUACUACUACUUCUAGUACCAUAUGUUGUGAAAGUAAAGUUCUGAAAUAACCAUUUUUCCUCAAACUUGAACCAUGGCUGAGAAGGACUCGGAAUUUUUCUCCCACAAAAUCCCCUCUUCUUUUCAGGUUGUGGAGGAAAUGAAGGAGCUAUGGUCAAUGGCUUUGCCUAUAACAGUAAUGAACUGCCUAGUCUACGUGAGAGCUGUGGUGUCAGUCUUGUUUUUGGGGCGGCUUGGCAGCUUAGAGCUAGCCGGUGGUGCCCUUUCAAUCGGCUUCACGAACAUCACCGGCUACUCCGUUUUAGUAGGCUUGGCUUCGGGGCUGGAGCCGGUUUGUAGCCAAGCCUACGGUAGCAAAAACUGGGAUUUACUAUCCAUCUCUCUCCAGCGUAUGAUCUUCAUUCUUUUCUUGGCCAUUAUUCCAAUUAGUCUGUUAUGGGUCAAUCUGGAGUCAAUCAUGGUGUUCUUGGGUCAAGACAUUGAAAUUACGAGAAUGGCCUCGGUUUAUUGCCUUUAUUCACUCCCAGACUUACUGACCAAUACGUUAUUACAGCCCCUGAGGGUUUAUUUAAGGUCACAGGGGGUGACUAAACCCCAGCUGUGGUGUACCUUUGUGGCUGUGAUAUUCCACGUGCCACUAAACUAUGUGCUUGUGGUGGUGAUGGGGCUGGGGGUCCCUGGCGUGGCCAUGGCUUCGGUGCUAACGAACCUGCAUAUGGUGGUGCUUCUGGUGGGGUACGUGUAUGUCUGGGGGAGGUGGGAGUGGAAAUGGAUGGCUGGGAUGGGAGAAGGGAUCUGUGGUGGGGUGGGGCCGUUGCUGAAGUUGGCUGUGCCAAGUUGCAUUGGGAUAUGCUUGGAGUGGUGGUGGUAUGAGAUUGUGACAGUCCUGGCUGGAUACUUGCCCAAUCCUAGGCUUGCGGUGGCUGCCACGGGGAUACUUAUUCAGACCACUAGCCUUAUGUACACUGUUCCCAUGGCGUUGUCUGGCUGUGUCUCUGCCAGGGUAGGCAAUGAGCUCGGGGCGGGGAAACCGUACAAAGCGAAGCUAGCUGCAAUGGUUGCGCUAGCCUGUGCAUUUGUUAUCGGAUUUGUCAACAUUAUUUGGACCGUGAUGUUUAGGCAUAAGUGGGGUGGCUUGUUUACAGAAGAUGACAUGCUCAAGGCUCUUGUUGCCUCAGUUUUGCCAAUCAUCGGGUUGUGCGAGCUUGGCAAUUGUCCACAGACCACUGGCUGUGGUAUUCUACGUGGUACAGCGAGGCCAGUGGUUGGUGCUCGUAUCAACCUUGGCUCGUUCUAUUUCGUGGGCACUCCUGUAGCUGUAGGCUUAGCCUUCUGGUUCCAUGUUGGCUUCAGUGGACUAUGGUUUGGGCUAUUAUCUGCUCAAGCUGCCUGUGCCAUCUCAAUUCUGUAUGUAGUGCUGGUCUGUACAGAUUGGGAAAGCGAAUCUUUAAAAGCCAAAAAGCUCACUAGCUUGGAGUUGACACAGAAGCAUGGUAAUGAUGAAGAGAAAGGACUUUUGAUGAAGCAGAAUGGACACACAGAAGAUGUUCCCUAAUUAAAAAGGAAAAAAAAAGAAAAAUGAUUGCAGGAUUUUUCAGAGGUAUGGAAAUGUAAAGUACUUUCCAUUUUUUUUUUAAUUCCUUUGUGUUUCAGUUGCACUUGUCUGUAUGGGAGGAACGUUUAUGACACCUUUCUUGAGUUUUGUGAUCUAAAGGCAUGGGAUUUUUGUAAAAGGGGCUUCUUUGUUUAUACUUGCAGACGAAGAAUGUUAUGGUGGCCCGUACGAAUUUUCCAUUGUUUAAAGGCUAGAAACCAAAUUUUCUUUGCUUUUUGUCUGUGUUAGUGCUGUGCCUUUAUAAGGUAGACCCCAUCCUUCUUGGUGCAAAAUGUGUUGGUUACUUUUGAUUUCUAUGCUGCUUAUAUCUAGCACUAGCAUUUCUUGGGGGAAUUCGAGGCCCUCCAGUUGAGGUUCCGUCUAAUUCCGUCCAACCAUGUAAAUUGAUAUAAUUUUGGUGUAAAUUAAUGUAUAUCUUGUGUAAUCGUGAGUUUAUACCGAAUCAGUUA